AUGUCGGCCGAACACAACAACGCCGCCCUCGAAAAGGAGGUCAGUCCUGCCCCCGAGGCCCCCAGCAAUGGCCUCAACGGCGGCGCCCCCAUCACCCCCCAGUUGACUGCGGAGGAGACUGCCAGAGCGGCCGCCCGCUUCGGCUACGGGCCGCUCUCCCACGUUAACACCAAGGAGGCCAACCUGCGCCCCUUUGGUGGUGAGUUCCAGCCCGGUCUGUACAAGUCCGUCGAGCACCGCAAGUUCGGCAAUCCCGCGCCGCUCGGCCUCUGCGCUUUCGCUCUCACCACCUUCGUCCUGAGCGCCAUCAACAUGGGCGCCCGCGACAUCACCGAGCCUAACAUCGUCGUCGCCCUCGCCUUUGGCUACGGCGGUCUCGUCCAGCUGCUCGCCGGCAUGUGGGAAAUGGCCGUCGGCAACACCUUUGGUGCCACCGCCCUGUCCUCGUACGGCGGCUUCUGGCUGUCCUUUGCCAUCGUCCUGACCCCCGGUGGAUUCGAGAUUGCCUCGACCAUCGAAGAAGCCGGCGGCGCCGCCAUGUUCGAUAACUCCUUCGGCCUGUUCCUCUUCGGCUGGUUCAUCUUCACCACGAUCCUGCUCUUCUGCACCCUGCGCUCCACCGUGGCCUUCUUCCUGCUCUUCUUCUUCCUCGACCUGACCUUCCUGCUGCUCGGUAUCGGCUACAUCCACCGCAACUCCGAGGGCAAGCCCAACCCGCCCGUCAUCAAGGCCGGCGGCUUCUUCGGCCUGCUCGCCGCCUUCACCGCCUGGUACAACGCCCUCGCCGGUAUCGCCGACAACACCAACAGCUUCUUCAUCAUCCCCGUCGCCCACUUCCCCUGGUCGCCGACUGCGCGCUCUCGCAAGACCGAGCGCGAGCAGGCCUAA